GGGCGGCCAGAGCCCGUUCUGUCGGCGGUCUCGUUGCUGUGUUCGUGCUCCUCCGCCCGUUCUCGCCAUGCCGCUGCCCCGCUCCUCGCCGCUGCUCCGCGCUCUGCUGCUCGGCCUCCUGCUGCGCGCCGCUGCCGCCGAGUCGGUGAGAGAAACAGAGACCAUAGAUGCCCGAUGGCUUGAGUAUCCUGCCUCCGGAGACUUGCCAGAUGAUGAAGACAUUGGUGAAUUCAGGCCUCACUUAACUUCUGAUGAGUUAGAGAUAGAUGAGGCAUCUGGGUCUGGAGACUACUUGGACUCUGAAGAUGCCAUAUAUCUGACCACCAUGGAUGCUCCUGUGAUAUCUGACAACUAUAUCCCUGGAGAUACCGAGGGGAAGAUAGAAGGGAAUGGGAAAAACACAAUGGUGGACAAUGAAAUCAUUCCAGGCAAAGCUGUACCUGUUGAAGAGAACCUGCUCAACAAGAUCUCUGCAGCAAGUACAGCCAACAGCAGCAUCUUUGAAAGAACAGAAGUCCUUACAGCUCUCAUUGCAGGAGGGGCGGUGGGCCUCCUGUUCGCUGUCUUCCUGAUCCUCAUCUUAGUCUAUCGCAUGAAGAAAAAGGAUGAAGGCAGUUACGACCUUGGGAAGAAACCCAUCUACAAGAAAGCCCCAACAAAUGAGUUCUAUGCUUAAAGCUCAGCAGCACCUUGUGCCCAUCAAGGGACAAACAGACUGUAUGGAAACACUGUGCCCUCAGAUGAGAUGGGCUGAACAAAUACUCUUUUUUGGAUUGAAUUUCAAAGUGACUUUGAGAAAAAACAAACUUCCUACGUGACCCUUCCCAUCCCACUCAGCCACCAAGGGCCCAAUGAAAUACAAAGAGUCUGAAAAAAAAUAAA